ACGUGUUUUCAUUAUGUCUACCAUUGACAGAUUGUCAAUAAGAGGGAUCCGUAGUUUUGGUCCUCGCCAAGAAGACGAGGUUAUAGUACGUUUCAGAAGCCCCGUGACCCUCAUAGUGGGCCAGAAUGGAGCUGGGAAAACUACUAUUAUAGAGUGUCUUAAGUACAUGACGACUGGUGAGUUUCCCCCAAACAGCAAAGGAGGAAAUUUCGUUAUGGACCCAAAGCUGGCUGGGGAGAGAGAAGUGAAAGCUGUCAUUAGGUUGAAAUUUGUCAACGUUAAAGGUGAAAAAAUAACGUGCAGUCGUAUCAUACAGUCCGAGCAAAAGCUGAAGAAGAUUGAGCAGAAGCAGCUUGAGGGAUCGCUAGUGAGAGAAGACAAAGUUACAGGAGAAAAAAUUAAAGUUUCAGCGCGUUGUAUAGAGAUCAACACUGAAAUGGCAUGUAAUUUGGGUGUGUCUAAAGCUAUCCUUAAUCAUGUGAUAUUCUGUCACCAAGAGGACUCUAAUUGGCCUCUAAGUGAAGGCAAAGCGCUCAAGACUAAGUUUGAUGAGAUCUUUGCAUCAACGAGAUACUCAAAAGCUCUCGAGAAUAUAAAGAAGUUUCAAAAAGAUCAGAAAAGCUUGUGCAGAGAGUACAUGGCAGAACUGAAGCACUUGAAGGAUCAAAAGGAGAAAUCUGAUGAACUGCAGAAGAGAAUGCAGUCUUUACAAAAAUCUGUUGAUUCCUUGAAAGCUGAAGAGACCCGACUUAAGAGAGAAAUAGAACCAGUUGAAGAGAAGUUGGCUGAGUUAAGUAGAAAGUAUGACAAAGUUGCACAAAUUGAGAAAGAAAAUGCUAAGCUGGAAACAUCAAGAAAGGAGUUUCUCCAACAGAAAGAAAGCCUCUCAAAUAAGAUCGAACAAGAAUUCACAGGAUCACUUGAUGAACUGCAGUCAUUGUUUGAGGAUCAUGAAAGACAACAGGAAAGAAAGGAGAGCAAUCUUGAAGAGUGUAAUAGGAAGUUGGAGAGGAUCUGUGUUGAUGAGAAUAGUUUAAAAGAGAAAAUGAACAAACUGACUGAGGAAUAUGGUCGCCUUGAGAGUGACGAACAACAUUAUCGUCUAGCUGUCAAGAAACGUGAUCAGAAUAUAACGAGUCUUGCUGGUCAGUUAGGAAUUGUUGGCUUUGGAGAAGAGGCUGGCCCUUUCUCUAAGGAAUCCAUUAGACAUUUUGUGUCUGAAAUCACUGAACAAAAGGAAAAGAGGCAGCGUCAAAUAAUGGAAGAAAAGGAAAAGCUAAUAAAGAAAGAGAAAGAAUUAAGUACCUCAGUAAGUGAGUUACAGGACAACUGCUCGAGGCUGAAGCAGAAGAAAGAAAUGAAGGAGAAGAUGUUGAAUGAUAACGAAGCACUCCUCAUCAACCUCAACAGGCAACUGAGUAGAAUAGCAUCAGCUAAUGCUGAGUUUGAGAGGAUUGAACUGGAUUUGAAACAAGCGACUCAAGAAUUAAAGGAAUACCAAGAGAGCGUGAACAUUGAUCAGCUAGAGAGAGACCUCUCGGUGUUGCAGGAAACUAAACAAGUUGCUUCAGAGAAACACCGGAAGCUACAGAAAGAGAUGGGACUCAUCACUCAACAGUCGGCAGCCAGAGGAGCACUGGAGAGCAUGCAGAAAGACAAACUAAACAAAGAAGAAGAAUAUCAGAGAGAGUUUAGUGGUAUAGAGUCAAAGUUGUUGGAAUUGGUUGGUCACAUGCCAUCAGAUGAUGAAUUGGACUCAUCCAUUGCUGAUAAAGAAAGGUCCAGGAGGAUCACUAAUUCACAGACGCAGAGUAAACUCACGAAAUGGCGGCACGAGCAGUCAAAGCUCCAGGCACAAGUAGACGAGAAAAUGAAACAAAUAAAGGACAAGGAGAGCAAACUAAAAGUUAUUAACAAGGAGGUGGAGUCAGUUUGUCAAGGAACGUCUUAUGAAAAUAAACUUGAACAAAUCAAAGAAGAACUGACCACGAAAGAAGAUGAUAUGAAUGCUAUUCAAGGAUCACAGUCUUUCUUCAAGGAAGCUUUAAAGAAGGCCAAGAGCAGUAAGAAAUGUCCGUUGUGUGCUAGAGGAUACGACACUCAGGAAGGAAUUGACAGCCUCAUCACAUCAAUUGAGAGGAGGCUUACCUCCAAAGUCCCCGAACUGAUACAGAACUAUCAACAACAAAUGACCCAACUGAGAUCAGUUCAUACCAAAUUACUGCAGCUAGCACCUCAACUAGCCCAAGCUCAAGUUUUGCAAACUGAUGAGAUACCAAGUUUAGAGAAACAAGUAAAGGAAAUGAAUUCAACCCUUUACAAACUCAACCAGGACACAACAAAGGCAGAGUCAGAGCUCUCAGCUAGUCAGAAGCAGUUGGACCAGUUACGCGAGUUACGCCCACGAGCAACGAGACUGACGCAACUUAGGACCGACCUGGAUAGCCUGGAUCGGAGGAUCAGUGCUGAGCUCAGCAAAGUGGGCGGGGAGAGCGUUCGUAGUCAUGCCGUCGUACAGAGGGAACUGCAGAUGGCACAGAUGGAAUGUGAUGAAAUUGGACGUAAAAUGGACAGCAAGAGGCAGGAGAUUAGCAUGUGCCAAAAGACCCUCGGGGAGUUAGAGAGAAAAGUCCAUCGAUACAGACAAGAUCAAUUAAAUCUUCAGAAACAGGUCCAGGAGAGGCAGACUUGUAUCAGCAAGAAGGAAGAGCUGACAGCUGCUAAUCAAGGCCUUCAAAGAGAUAUCAAAGCAGCCGAGAGACAGUUGAAACCACUUGAGAGUAAACUAGACACUACAAUGUCAGAGAGAGACCAGUCCAUGAUGGACAGGGAGGAGACUGAGAGGGAAGAGCAAGAGAAGCUCUACCAGUAUCAGUCGGGACUGGAUACGCUUAAGGCAAGGAUAGGAGAGGUUGAAAAACUAGAGGCUAAAAGAUUGACCAACAGUCUCGAUCAGUGCAAAAGCAGCAUGGAGGACUUGAGUCAUAAAAUUAGAAUAAAAUCAAAGGAGAGGUCAGAGGUUGAUGGCAGGAGAGAAGAACUCAGAAAAGCUCUUGCCAAUUCAAAAGUGAGACUAAGGGAGCUAGAAGACAAUAUUGAGCUCAUGAAAAUUGAAUCAAAACUUCGCGAAACAAACAAAAAAAUAAAAGAUCUCGAGAGACAAUUACAGCAGCAAGGACUGGACCAUUACAACAGUAAUUAUAACAGACUUCAAACUCAAUUCGAAAAGUUAAACCAAGAGCUCGGCAAGACCAAUGGUAUUAGAAAUGGGAGGGAAGGUGAACUCAAUUCGACAGAGCAUGAAGCUAACUCUGAGAUUUAUCGUGACGCAGAUAAGAAAUAUAGAGACAUGUCCAUAAAUUUAAAGACAACAGAUUUAGCUAUAAAGGACCUUGACAAGUAUUAUAAAGCACUAGACAGAGCUAUAAUGAGAUUCCACACAAUUAAAAUGGACGAGAUUAAUAAAAUAAUUAAAGAGCUCUGGAUGAAGACCUACAAAGGAGGAGAUAUCGACACGAUAGAGAUUCGUUCUGAUGAUGAUCCGGAAGGAUCGUCUUCAACUGGGAGAAAAGUGUAUAAUUACAGAGUUGUGAUGGUAAAAGGUGACAAUACAUUGGACAUGCGUGGGCGGUGCAGUGCUGGUCAAAAAGUCUUGGCUUCUAUAAUAAUUCGGCUAGCUCUGGCAGAGACUUUUUGUAUUAACUGUGGCCUGUUGGCACUGGAUGAACCCACCACUAACCUUGACUGUGAUAAUAUUGAAGGACUUGCUGUUGCUCUUUCAGACAUUAUAAGGGAAAGACAGCACCAAAAGAACUUCCAAUUAAUCAUAAUCACGCACGACCUCAAGUUUGUUGAACAGAUCGGACGCUCCGAGUUUGUCGAAGAUUAUAAUCAUGUUUAUAAAGAAAUUGGGUGUUGUUCUGCUGUUAAAAAAGUCCCCAUUGGUGAGCUAAGUGUUUACAAUUAGACUCAGCAUGUGAUCGUCGCAUGCAACCAACUUGUGAUCAUUUCAACCUUAUAUAAUAAUUAUGAUUAAUAUUAGAUGCAUUGUUAUUGUGAAAAAAAUGAAUUUUCUCUUCAUAACCUUAAACAAUUGGAA